AUGAAGCCCAGGACUCAAAGGGAGGCUCUAGAGAACAUCUGGUCUGCUUGAUAUAUAGAAGCCAGCACUGCAUGUGUGUAUUUGUGUGUAUGUGUUUUUCCUAUGCUGACUCAUGGCAUUGAAGUCUUUCUGGAAACACCCCCACCUUUGUAGCCAGCCAGUUUACACACAGCCCUUCAGCUCCUCCUUGAUUCGAAUGUUAAGUCAAGAGGAAGAAGGAAAACAAAUCCAAGAACUGCUCUCAACAAUCUAGAAUUCUCUGCACCCCACCUCUUGAGAAGAAAGACUGGCCCCAGCUCUGACUCAGUCUACUCCAAGCUGGACUCUCCUCUUAAAGCAAAAGCUUUACCCGAGCCUUCAGACAAAACUGGAAGAAAAUAGUGCACAAGUACUGUGAACUCUGCAAGAAACAGGGUACUGACCACUGGUGGUCAAAACGGAAAGAUGGCAGAUCCUGAAAUUGAGCUUUUUGUGAAGGCUGGAAGUGAUGGGGAGAGUAUUGGAAACUGUCCCUUUUGCCAACGCCUUUUUAUGAUCCUCUGGCUUAAAGGAGUUAAAUUCAAUGUGACUACUGUUGACAUGACCAGAAAGCCUGAAGAGCUGAAGGACUUAGCCCCAGGUACCAAUCCUCCCUUUCUGGUGUAUAACAAGGAGUUGAAAACAGACUUCAUUAAAAUUGAGGAGUUUCUAGAGCAGACACUGGCUCCUCCAAGGUAUCCGCACCUGAGUCCCAAGAACAAGGAGUCCUUUGAUGUGGGCUGUAACCUCUUUGCCAAGUUUUCUGCAUACAUUAAGAAUACUCAAAAAGAAGCAAAUAAGCAUUUUGAAAAAUCUCUGCUCAGAGAAUUUAAACGUCUGGAUGACUACUUAAACACUCCGCUUCUGGAUGAAAUUGAUCCAGACAGUCCUGAGGAACUCACAGUUUCCAGAAGAUUGUUCUUGGACGGGGAUCAGCUGACACUGGCUGACUGCAGCUUGUUACCCAAACUGAACAUUAUUAAAGUUGCAGCCAAGAAAUACCGUGACUUUGACAUUCCAGCAGAAUUCUCAGGAGUCUGGCGCUAUCUUCACAAUGCCUAUGCCCGUGAAGAAUUUAUCCACACAUGUCCUGAAGACAAAGAAAUUGAAAAUACCUAUGCAAGUGUGGCUAAACAGAAGAGUUAGGACAGCUCUUUUAGUAGAAAGGCUCUCUUUUCACUUAUCAUAUUAUAAAGGUUUUUGAAAAUAAUAAUAUGGAAAAUACUGUUUCCUCUACUCAACUCUCAUGAAAAGAAUGCUGUAUUUUCUGUAUCUAGUCAGUCCAAACUAUCUUCUCACUGUGUAUUUUAAAGUUCCUUAUAUAUUCACUUAAUUUUCUUUAUUCCCAUGGCAUAACUACUGCAAUCUUAAAUCACAUGGAAAGUAUCAUGAUCUUUUGCUAUUUAAUUGAAUUAUUAGAGUGCAUCAUGUUGAGCUCAACAGAUGGCUGAAGUUACACAUGACAUAAAUAGAGCCACAUUCUUAAACUGCUCCUUAGAAACACUUCUGUUUAAAUCAUUAAAACAAUUUUACAUUUUUGUUAGUUUAA